CAACAAACUUAAAGAAAAUCAACCGGUCAACGUUUUUCUACAUGGGUGGAUUCUAGAAAGUUCACGGCUAAAUACGACGAAUGCAGUUGUGUGUCUGUCUCAUAAAUUCUUCCCCAAGUUUUGUUAUUUCUCUGAUUCUCUCUACGCUCAUCACGUUUCAGAGUUGUCCAUUUGUUCAGCUUAACAGAGACCCUGCAGACUAGGCACUGUAGCUUUUGAAACUUGAGUUUCUGUUUGAUUGUGAAAAAUGGCAGAGGAGGGUCACAAGGUGAGUUUGCAUGUGUAUGACCUAAGCCAUGGGCUAGCUCGUCAGCUUUCCAUGUCAUUUUUGGGAAAAACUAUCGAGGCAAUAUGGCACACAGGAGUAGUGGUAUAUGGUAGAGAGUAUUAUUAUGGAAGGGGAAUACAAGAGGUUGUGGCUGGAACAGCUCCAUAUGGGACUCCAAUGAGAGUGGUGGAUCUUGGCAACAACAUUCCAGACUACAUUCUUAACCUCCCCAAUGAAGUCACAAGCAGUCCAAUGGGUGCUCUUAUUAUGCCCAUGAUACAAAAUCUAGAGACCACAUUGAGGGCGGGUGCAGUCCCCCAAGCUCCCCAGUUCAGGCAAUCUCCAGUAACAAACCAACUCAACUGGUCAACAGAAACAGAAAGUAGUAAAAUUCAAGCCUCAAAGGAGCAAACUAGUGGGAAAGAUGAAGAUGCAAAGCCAAAUGUGGAUCCUCUUGGAGAUGCUAGAAGCAAGUUGCAGGAAGAAAUCGGGAUGGAGUUUGCUGCAAUCAUGGUGACUGGAACAUUUCGUGCAAGUGAGGCUGCAGCUCUUGCAACUAAGAAGGUCAUGCAAAAAUAUGGGCACAUCAAUAUGAAUGCUGCACAGAGCUGAAACUCAGGU